CAACUGACAUUCACUGUUUGUCUUGUUAAUGAAAGAGGAAAGUUUUAUGAAAUUUGUGUCCAUUUCCAGCCACAGUGGUAAAAGUUUUGUGGAGAAUGUUGUCAAUAUGUCAGGAAAAUAUGCUGGUCUUCAGACGCGUAUUAAUCAAGUUAAUUGUAUAGCAGAUUGUGUAAUUGUGCUGUGCAUUCUACGAAUACCUUCGUCAAGCCACCCCCCAGUGGCAAGCGGUAUGUCUGCGGACUUACAACGCUAGAAACCAGGUUUCGAUACUCGUGGGGACAGAGCACAUAUAGCCCAUUGUGUAGCAUUGUGCAUAAAUUCAAACAAACCUUCGUCAAUGACAGUGUCUUGGAAGCAAACAUAAGCUCAGUUCCUGGGAGACAAGACAGACCUUCUUGAACAAAACCUUCGUCAAUGACAGUGUCUUGGAAGCAAACAAAGGCUCAGUUCCUGGGAGACAAGACAGACCUUCUUGAACAAAACCUUCGUCAAUGACAGUGUCUUGGAAGCAAACAAAGGCUCAGUUCCUGGGAGACAAGACAGACCUUCUUGAACAAAACCUUCGUCAAUGACAGUGUCUUGGAAGCAAACAAAGGCUCGGUUCCUGGGAGACAAGACAGACCUUCUUGAACAAAACCUUCGUCAAUGACAGUGUCUUGGAAGCAAACAUAGGCUCAGUUCCUGGGAGACAAGACAGACCUUCUUGAAUUUAUGUCUAUGCAAGCACAGCAGUAGCUCCAGUGAAGAUGACUCUGAAGACUCCCUGAGUGAUACUUCAGAUUCACGGACUAGCAUGAGACGCUGCUCAUCUGCACAGAAACAAAUUAACAAAGGCCGUUGGUCCAAAGAUGAGGAUGAGAAGCUAAAGAUGUUAGUGGAAAAACAUGGUUCUGAUGACUGGGCAUGUAUAGCAAGUUUUUUUCCUGAUCGAAAUGAACUACAGUGCCAGCAAAGAUGGCAGAAAGUUGUGAGCCCCGACCUAGUCAAAGGACCAUGGACCAAAGAGGAAGAUGAAAAAGUAUUUGAGCUGGUAAAAAAAUAUGGACCUAAAAAAUGGACUCUCAUUGCCAAGCAACUGAGGGGACGAAUAGGAAAACAGUGUCGAGAGAGGUGGCACAAUCACUUAAACCCAUCUAUAAAAAAGACAAAAUGGACCGAUGAAGAAGAAAGCAUUAUAUAUAGUGCACACAGACAAUUUGGAAACCAGUGGGCAAAAAUUGCGAAAUUAUUACCCGGAAGGACUGAUAAUGCCAUAAAAAAUCAUUGGAAUUCAACUCUUAAGAAGAAAUAUGAAAAAGCUGAAGCUACUAAACAUGAUUCUCAGUACAUAAGGAACAUCUGUAAUGAAAAUACAAACAUUCAAGAUGUUCAAAAGGCUUCUAAUCGAGUGAAGUCAGAAUUCCCGAGUGAUAUGCAUUGUUUCCAUCAAUCGAACAGUUCUAACUUGCAAGGAAAGUCAAGCACCAGUUGUCAACCCAUUUAUCAUCAUGGAGACAAUUUAGAUAGAAGGGACUAUUGUUCAUACCCCCAGCAGUCAGUUGAAAGGUGGCACUUAGAAGAAUUUCAGAGCAUUCAAAAUUCUAAUGGAAAAACUUCUAUACAAAAUCUAAAAUCAGAAGAAAUUAAUUCUCCAGAUUACAUGAGAAUUUUAUUUUCACCUCUAAAAGAGUUUGAUAUGGAAGAACUUGAAGAUGCUGCAGGGAAGACACCUGAUGCUGGCGGCUUUGAUGGACUUAGUACCCUUGACCUUCUUAAUGGAACCAAUGUUAUACCAAGUAUCACACCAACUAAAUUUACAAGUCUCCAGAAAAAAGAACCUAAUGAGUACAACCAUAAUGCAGAAGUAGACCAAAAUGAAAUAGAAAGACUUAUUACAACAGCUCUUUCUAGCACAGCAAAACAAGUUACUCCACCUAUCUUGCGCAGAGGUAAAAGAAGGAAAAUGCACCAUCAAAUAAACAGUCAGCUAAGUAUAUUGGGGGAAUAUUCUCAGUAUCUGUCAUCACACAUAGGCUCAGAGUCAAAUAUAUCUCAGCCAACAUUUGCUAUGACUAUGCAGCAGUCACAGUUAGGUGAAUCUUCUACAACAGGGCCAACUUUACAGGACUGGAACAUUUCUUCUGGGGCUGUGUCUUCCUCACUGAUCGAUGCCAAACCACCCUCACUGGGCUUCCAGACCAUCUUCUCAUCAGAGUUGUAUGAAAGGUCCUCUUCACAAUUUUCGAUGGGAAACCAGACAAUAUCCCCUUCUUUUCCAACUACCAUGUCAACUGUUAUGAUCAAUACGCCAACUGAGGAAACUCCUAUCAAACAACUUCCUUUUUCACCAUCCCAGAAUUUUGUUCAGUUCUUGAACAGUCCCAACCUUUCUCUUGGUGCGAAUCUGACAUCUACACCACUUGGCAAUAGAUCUUUCCAUGUAGCACUUCUACAAGAUUACCUUCUUCCUCAGACUCCUCAAGAACAAGCAGGAAGCAGUCUUCAAACUCCUAAGAUGAGCCGAUCAUUAGCAGAAUCUAAUCCCCAUACUCCAACCCCUUUUAAAGAUGCUUUAGCAGAGAUAGAAAAGAAAAGCGGACCUCUGAAGCACACACCUCAUUCACCAUCUCAGCAACUUGAAGAUAUCCAUGAACUGAUUAAGCAAGAGUCAUUUACUAUCAACACCAAGUCUAAUUAUGAUGAACUGUCAGCAGUACCUUUAUCCAGUUACUCACUUCAUGACAGUGGCUAUGGUACGGUCAAAAGGAAAGGAAAUAAAGAGAACUUUUUUCCAAACAAGAAGGUUCGCAAAGCUCUUCAUUCCACCUGGUCCAUUCCAGGAGAAGUUACAGUUCCUGGGCUGGGGGUUAGUGUGAAUGAGUCUUUUCCUAUUAACCCAGAAACUCCAAGCAAAUCUCUGAUGGGUGACUCUUCAGUUCUAUUUUCUCCACCAUCUAUAAUUAAGGAAACCUUACCAGAAGAAAGCGAGACCUUUAAUAAUGCCUUUGUUGCACCAUCAGGCUCAGCUAUUCCUAAACAGAAGUGCAAGCUUCACUACCCUCGAGUAGCACAGCGCAUAAACUUCGAGGAAACUCCUCACAAAAAAUCUUUACUGAAGCUUGAUAUAAGGUGGGAAAUGGUGGCUUGUGGCAAGACAAAGGAUCAAAUAGAGUUGACUGAGCAAGCCCGUCGUUUGAUGGGCAACUUACGGCCUCGAGCACUCGACCUGUAAAUCCAGGUUGUUUCACAUUGUGAGCUCUAAUGGCGGCUACACUACUUCAGUGGUAACAGGAAAUUUACAACUGUAGUUGACAAUGGAUUCGGACUCCGACUUUAUUUUGGCACGUCUAAUAUCUUAAUGGAUUACUCGAGUAACAUUACAUUUGUGUGGAAUAGUUAACACAUUAAUUUUCUUGUUGCAGCUUAUGGCAUUUAUAGUGAGGAAGUCAGCAAGUUGUUCGUAAUUUUAGCAUAGAGGAGCAAUGAUAUUAGUUGCUUAUACUACCAUUAGGUGUCAGUGUAUGUAAAUAUUAACCUUCAUGAUUCACUAAUGAUUAAAACAAAAAGUAUAUAUAUUCUAAAUAUAAGAAAAAAAACUCUUAUUUACUACAAAUGUAAACAAAAUUUUAGUUUCAAUAUGUGACAAGUGUUAUUUAUUUUUUUUAAAUUAUCCAUUUGAGUCCUCAUCCAAAAAGUGAGCAUUCUGUACUUUAGGAUAACUGUGAUUUGUUUUGUUGAAAUUCAAAUUUUUUUGUUUCUCCCAGGUGAUAUUUUGAACUUUAAAAAAAAAAAUCUGAAUUCACUGGAAUUGCAGUUUCAAAAUAUAAAAACUACUUCUGCAUUUUACUAUAAAACUUUAUUCUGUUUCUACAAGAAGACUUUUUGUUCUGGUAUUAUGAUUAGGUCCCAUAUAAAACGUGUAUAAUCUUAUAUCAAUAUAUAUAUAUGUAUAUUGGUACGUUGGUUUCACAUUUUACAAAUGGAGACAAUAACAACAACUCCUAAAGAAACCCACACAAAUAAAUUGCAAGGUUUGGAACUCUUUGUAUCAUAAAUUUCUUCCAAAGUUAUAGAAUAUGUUUCAACUUUUUCAGUUAUGAGUCAGAAGAUUCACUUCUUUGAACCUUUUCGUUUUAAUGACACAGAAUAACUAUACAUUAAUUUAAAUUUAUUUGUACAUUACUUUUGAGUUGUUGUAAAAACUAUGAUAUUGUUCAUAAGAUCAUGUUCACUCUUAAAAUUACAAAACUACAGUUUGAAUGUGGCAUGAUUUUAACAGGUUAUGAAGAUUAUACAACUUUUCAGAGAAGACAUGUUUCAAGGAUAUAAGGGAUGAAAUCUUCAGUUUCUUUAUCUUGAUAACUUUUCAUACGUUUUUAUAACUUCUUAUAUAAAACCUUAUGUUUUUAGCAAAGGGACAAAUACAAAAUGUGCUGAAAAAAUUGAACGUUUUCUAGUAAAGAAUGACUAGUGGACAAAAAUAUUUUUUUUUACUACUGUUGGUUUUUUUCUGACGUCAGAAUAUUAAAAGAACGAUGCUAGUGUAUGUGCAGAAAGUUAUUAUUUAAAGAGAUGUAUAUGACUGUAAAUAGAACCAAGAACUAAGGAGAAUGUAAGCUUUUUUAUAUUACUUUAAAAAAAACCGAACAAAAGUCUAAAAUGUUAGCACGUCUAGUUAUCUAAGUUGUAAAGAAUUUAAGUUUCUUACUGUUGUAAGUGUUUGACUUGUUUUACCUUUCAUACUAUUCCUUAAGUUAAAUGUAGCUGUCAAUUAAGUGUAACUGGCUUCUUUUGUUUAUUUUUAUAUUUUUUGUCAAAUAAAGUAUAGGUUUUUAGUUUCUUGUUAUGAAUGGAAAAAAAUGGAACUAAGCAUUCAUAUUUACAACAAAAAAUGAACUGGAAAACAUUUUUUUUUAUAUAAAAAUGUAAAACACAUUAUAUAAUUUUGAUCUGUACCUGAAAUUAGUUAUUUUAAAAGAGUUGUAGUCAUCCCUCGUGUGGAUUGGUCUAUAUAUAUAUUAGACUAUUUGUAAAAGUAUAUUUUUAGCUAGUUAUGUGGUCCCUGUGAUAACAGUUUAACCAGUUUUAAUUUUUAUUUACUAUGGGCUUUUGUAAUCGGAUUUUAAAAGUCAUGAAUGAUUGUACCUCAUAUAGAAAGUUUUGUAAGUGAUAAAAUUGGCUAGCACCUUAACAAUAAAGUCUUUGGAGAA